GUUGCUGCCCAUACUCUCUUCAUCCGGACUUGAGGCAGUGUCGUUCUUUGCGGAUCCUCCGGUCUUCGUUCGGUCCUCGAAUCGCUCGCCAUUCCUCGCGAUCGUAGGUUCCUCCGUCAUUCAGCUCGCCAAUAAGCCCAUCUGCUCGCCUAUCUGUACGGGAGGAGCACGCUCGCUGCCCGUCUGACCGAUCCGCCGUAAAAACCCGCCCGCUCAUCGUGUGCCGCUCUGAUUUUCCAGCUGCAUUCGGAUAAUCGGAAUCUGAGCUGAAGAAUGGCAACCGCGAUCAGUUUCACCGGUGUUCGUUUGUCGCACCUCAAUUCUGGUGGUGAACUCCUUGGCAAAGAAGAUGGUUCAUUGAGACUGCAGCCUCUUAAUCAGACGGAGAAUUUCCUGCUACGAUUUUUCAAAGACUCGAAUGUCAACACUCCAGCCGCAAACGCUCAUCUCGAAGUGGAAGUGUUCAAGGAUAGCGAUGUGUCGCGCGUAGGUAGUACAGCAUUUGUCGUCAACCAUCAAAAAGGCACAUUGCUCGUUCAUUUCGAGGAUCAGAAACAACGAGAAGUCCUUGCCAACCUCAUCAGCAAGUAUCAGAAAGGCGAGGAUCACAGUCUGUUCUCGGAACGCACUGAGGAAUCGUCUGCGUCUCAGUAUUUCCAAUUCUACGGAUACUUAUCCCAGCAGCAGAACAUGAUGCAAGACUACUGGAGAACAGCGACUUAUCAACGGGCAGUGUUGAGCAACGUCGAGGAUUUCAGAGGCAAAGUGAUCUUAGACGUAGGAGCCGGCUCCGGGAUACUAUCCUUUUUCGCCGCUCAAGCGGGUGCUGCUCGCGUCUACGGUAUCGAAGCGUCGUCUAUGGCCAAACACGCGGAGAGCCUUGUCUAUGCUAACCGUCUUCAGAAUGUCAUCAAGCUCAUCCCGGGGAAAGUCGAAGAGGUUGUUCUCCAAGAGAAGGUGGACCUGAUCAUUUCGGAACCGAUGGGAUACAUGCUGUACAACGAACGCAUGCUUGAAAGCUAUGUUCACGCGAAGAAGUUUUUGAAACCCGGCGGAAAAAUGUUCCCAACGCUUGGAGAUCUCCACGUCGCUCCUUUUACCGACGCUGCACUGUUCAUGGAACAGAUGAACAAAGCCAAUUUUUGGUGUCAGAACUCCUUCCACGGUGUUGACCUGACGUGUUUGCGUGACUCCGCUGUGAAGGAAUAUUUCCACCAGCCGGUCGUCGACACAUUCGACAUGCGCAUCCUAUUGGCGCAAUCGGUUGUGCACUCUGUAAAUUUCGAGAAAGCCGACGAGGUGGAUUUGCACAAAAUUCAUAUUCCUCUCGAGUUUGUUGUCACUCAGAGUGGUGAGCUGCACGGUUUAGCCUUUUGGUUCGACGUGGCCUUCGUGGGGAGUCAACAAACCGUCUACUUGUCUACGUCGCCCUCGCAACCUCUAACUCACUGGUAUCAAGUACGAUGCCUUGUCGACAAGCCGAUGAUUGUCACCAAGGGACAAUAUCUCGACGGCCACUGCACCUUAAUGGCUAAUAAGCGUCAAAGUUACGAUGUCGACAUCGAAAUCUGUAUUCGGGGGACUCAGGUGCGAGCGCGUAAUACUCUAGAUCUCAAGAACCCCUUCUUCCGGUACACGGGUCAACCGGUCCAAGCGCCGCCUGGAUACUGUGAGACUUCUCCGUCACAUGAAUAUUGGUCUCAGUCAGCCUCGGACGUACAUCAUGCCGCGAACAACACUGAGAUGUUGAGCGUGAACGGCCAGGUGAUCCAAUUGCAACAUCAUCAGCAGCUGGUGCAGAACGGGGCCGCCGAUAAGUUCAAACAAAUGCAAGCUCAAGGCAUACCGAUCCCGUCGUCAAUAGGAGGUGGAGUGACUCCCGCUCUUGUUGGUCAUCCUGUACAAACACUGCUGCUCAGUGAUCCCUCGGCGGCGGCUUCAAUUUACCAACAGCCUCCCCCUCCUUCUCAGUAGGAUAGGUUAUAUUAGGCUAAUAAGAUAUAACCGCUGAGAAGAUUUUCCUCUUGAACCAUGCAUGUAAAUAGAUACUCGGAUCAAUCUCAAGCUCUUGCUCACGUGCCCACUGUACAUAUUUCGUUUGCAACGAACGACCCGAUAUCUCAAAGACGAGUCGCUCAGCCGGCUAGUCUGACUUUGAACGGCUCUAGGUUCGAGCGAUACGGCUGUGGAAAGACAACUCUCGGAUGCCUCUGGAGGAAAAUCGUUCACUGAAUGAAGGUUACUAGGUAUAUCUGACCCCCGGAGGCAUCGGGCUCCUGCGAGUGUUCACGAGGAGUGGAGAGUGAUCAUCUUUCUCGUUCUAUUCACGUAGUACUUCCACCUAGCGAGCAAAACGAGAUUCUCUAUUCACUCAGGGUUUGACGACAUGAUGCUUCGGAGGCUCGGAGGCAAGCUACAAGUUAGCUUGCUCCAGUGCACGAAUCCUCGAGUGGCUGCAAGGUCGGCUACUGGAGCAACAGUGCCGUAGGUGAUGGUUAUUAUCAUUCAAUAAAGCUGUUGCAGUCAGCUCCUCGCGUUCUCUAAA